UUGAACUGUGCAUUCUGGCCAAAUUUCUAAAGUCCAAGCAAACAGUUUGCCACAUAGAGUGGAAGCUAUGGCACUGCUUGCACACCUGCUAGUAUAUCUUCAUUACGCCCCUAUUACGGAGAUCGUUGGAGGUUUUGAAUGUAACAAAAGAGAACAUCCUUUCCUUGUACUCUUGUAUAACUCUAAAGGGGCUUUCUGCGCUGGGACCUUGCUCACCAACGAAUGGGUGCUCACCGCUGCCCACUGCAACAGGGAAGAUAUCCAGAUAAGGCUUGGUGUGCAUAACAUACAUGUACACAAUGAGGAUGAGCAGAUAAGAGUCCCGAAGGAGAAGUUGUGUUGUCUCAAUACCAAUAACUGUACCCAAUGGAGCCAGGACAUCAUGUUGAUCAGGCUGAACAGUUCUGUUAACAUUAGUGAACACAUCGCACCUCUCAGCUUGUCCUCCAGCCCUCCCGGUGUGGGCUCAAUUUGCCAUGUUAUGGGCUGGGGCACAAUCACAUCACCUGAAGUGACUUAUCCCAAAGUCCCUCAUUGUGUUAACAUUAACAUACUCCAUAAUGAGAUGUGUCAAGCAGCUUACCCAGGGUUGUCAGGCAACAUAUUGUGUGCAGGUGAACCGGAAGGAGAAAAAGAUUCAUGUAAGGGUGAUUCUGGAGGACCCCUCAUCUGUUAUGGACAAAUCCAUGGCAUUGUAUCUUGGGGGCACUUUCCUUGUGCCCAACCUUUUGAGCCUGGCGUCUACACCAAGGUCUUCGAUUAUCUUGAAUGGAUCCAGGACAUUACUGCAGGAAAUACAAGCGUGAUUUGCCCCAAUGACAAUUUUUGAAAGAUAAAAAGGAGAAAAUAUCUAUAUUCCCAGGCAGUGAGCUUUUUCUAGACUCAAUGAGGCUGCCUUUGGAGUAAGUAAUACUCAAAAUAGUGCUGCAGAAAUCAUGUCCCAGUUAAAUCUCAGUAUAAAAUAAUCUUAGUAAAAUGGAGGCCUGUUUUAGGGUGAGGUGCAAAAUUUUCUGACUCUAAAAUGACCUUUCCAAACAUUUUAAUCUUUAAACAUCUUUCAAUUUCUGCCUACUUCUGGGACAGUGGGGUCCUUGAUGCUAGUUUUCUUGCAGAAGUUUCAUUACCCAGCUAGGUAACAUCAUCAGUGCUAGAAUAUUGUCUUCUAUUGGUACUACUGUGGCAUUUUCAAUACGCUCAUAUGGAGUCAUGAACAUAUCCAUAUAUACUCGAAUCCCAUUGUUGCCUAAAAGGAUCCCAGAAUAAUCCCUACUUCCCAACCACAAAAUAGAAUCUUUUCAGAAUCAUGUUUUCAUGUAAAUUCUCAAGUAUCAACCCUAAUAAAAUCUUAUAAAUUGUCUCUCACUUGUUUUCUGAUCCUUCAGUUUUGACACUCUUCGUAAAGGAAUGGCAGCAUUUGGCCAACUAGGCUUAAAAGCUGAAAAAAGUUCUUCACUGGGUAUUAUGUGGAUAGGAUACUAGCAGAGUGGGAAAUUGAAAAAUAAAAAUUCUGAAAAAUGGUGUAGCUCACAAUUGCUUGGGUUCAUGUGGGUCAGGAAGC